AUGUGGAAAAAUCAGACACUGAUCACAGAAUUUAUCCUUCUGGGAUUUCCUGUCAAGCGAGAAAUACAGAUAUUCCUCUUUGGGCUCUUUUCCUUGUUCUAUGCUGUCACUCUUCUGGGGAAUGGCAUCAUCCUGGGACUCAUCUGUAUGGAUUCUCACCUCCAUAUUCCCAUGUACUUCUUCCUUUCACAUCUAGCCAUUGUUGACAUGUCCUAUGCUUCAAACACUGUACCAAAGAUGCUUGUAAGUCUACUGAACAAAUUUGGAACCAUAUCUUUUGUUCCCUGUAUAAUGCAGAUGCUUUUAUAUUUGGGCUUUGCCCAUGUGGAGUGUCUUAUCUUGGUGGUGAUGUCUUAUGAUCGUUAUGUGGCAAUCUGCCAUCCUCUCAGAUAUGCUAUAAUCAUGAGCUGGAGAAAAUGUAGUAUUUUGACUCUCAUUUCAUGGGCAUUUGGUUUCUUCCUUGCCCUGAUCCAUGUGGUUCUCUUUCUGAGACUGCCCUUCUGUAGAUCCAGGGAAAUCAACCACUUCUUCUGUCAAAUCUUGUCUUUGCUCAAGCUUGCAUGUGCUGAUAUUAGACUCAACAGCCUUGUUAUCUUUAUAAGUGCUGUGAUCAUCCUAGUUGGACCUCUCAGCUUGGUUCUGAUCUCCUAUAUGCAUAUUCUCUCUGCCAUCCUGAGGAUCCAGUCUAGGGAAGGUCGGAAGAAAGCAUUCUUUACCUGUUCCUCGCACCUCUGUGUAGUUGGGCUUUUCUUUGGUAGUGCCAUCAUAAUGUACAUGACCCCCAAAUCCAAGGAUCCAGAGAAACGACAGAAAAUUCUCUCCCUAUUUUAUAGCCUUAUUAACCCUAUGCUGAAUCCCCUCAUUUAUAGCUUGAAGAAUGCAGAGGUGAAAGCUGCUCUGAAAAGAGUUUUGAGGAAGGAAAAGCAUUUCUAA